UAAUCUCUUCGGUAAAUCAAGACAAUCUACCAAUUCUUCUUCUCGCUAGUGUGCAGAUAGGCGUCCGCCGUUCAUCUGUAAGGGAGAGUAAAGUAGCCAACGAAGUGGCCGUUUCCAAAUACAAAUCCUUCCACCGGAGGAUACCGCUAUAAUGGGUGUUUUUCACGGAAAUGGACUUUAUAGCAGUUUCCUUGCGCACAGAUUCUGAUAGAAACAACACAUUUUGACGCCUGCUAGCUAGCGUUAGUUCUCGCCACUGUCCGGUGGUUUUGGUUUCGUGUUUUGCAAGAGUCUCCAAGCGAGGGAUAUACACAAGGGAUCUUACAGGGAGACGGACUUAAACUGCAAACAUGUCUGGGGCUUCUGUGAAAGUCGCUGUUCGAGUUCGACCCUUCAACUCGAGGGAGAUCAGCAAGGAGUCAAAAUGUAUCAUUCAGAUGCAAGGCAACACUACAACUAUCCUCAACCCCAAAGCCCCAAAGGAACCAGCAAAGACCUUCAGUUUUGAUUACUCCUAUUGGUCUCAUACCUCUCCCGAUGACCCCAGCUUUGCCUCACAGAACCUUGUGUACAAUGACAUUGGAAAGGAAAUGCUGCAGCAUGCUUUUGAGGGUUAUAACGUCUGCAUCUUCGCUUAUGGCCAGACAGGAGCUGGCAAAUCCUACACCAUGAUGGGCAAGCAGGAGGAGGGGCAGGAAGGAAUCAUUCCCAUGCUGUGUGAAGAUCUGUUUGAGAAGAUCAAUGAGGACGGCAACAAAGAGGAGCUCUCCUACUCAGUAGAGGUCAGUUACAUGGAGAUCUACUGCGAGCGCGUCCGAGAUUUGCUCAACCCCAAGAACAAAGGGAACCUACGAGUCCGAGAACACCCGCUGUUGGGUCCCUAUGUAGAGGAUCUGUCCAAGCUAGCUGUCACCUCCUACACAGACAUCGCUGACCUGAUGGAUGCAGGCAACAAGGCCAGAACUGUGGCUGCCACCAACAUGAAUGAGACAAGCAGCAGGUCCCAUGCUGUUUUCACCAUUGUCUUCACUCAGAAGAAACACGACAGCGAGACGGACCUCUCCACAGAAAAGGUCAGUAAAAUUAGUCUGGUAGACUUGGCAGGCAGUGAGCGAGCAGAUUCAACUGGAGCUAAAGGUACCAGGCUAAAGGAGGGAGCAAACAUCAACAAGUCUCUCACCACGUUAGGAAAGGUUAUCUCUGCCUUGGCUGAAGUGGAUAAUUGUACCAGCAAGAGCAAGAAGAAGAAGAAGAGUGAUUUCAUCCCAUACAGGGACUCUGUUCUGACAUGGCUGCUGAGGGAGAACCUCGGUGGGAACUCCAGAACAGCCAUGGUAGCUGCCCUCAGUCCUGCAGACAUAAACUACGAUGAAACCCUCAGCACUCUGCGCUAUGCUGACCGCGCCAAGAACAUCAAAUGCAAUGCUGUCAUCAAUGAGGAUCCCAACAAUAAGUUGGUGCGCGAACUGAAGGAUGAAGUGGCCCGGCUGAAGGAACUGCUCCGUGCCCAGGGCCUGGGAGACAUUCUGGACAUUGAUCCUAUGGGGGAUGAUUGUCCAGGAAGUGGAAUCAAAUGUGACGGUGCCCAAAGCUUUAAAAUGCCCCUUCUGAGUUCUCAAACUGAGGCUCAGAGCUACAGACGGAAAGACCUCAAAGACAUUCAGAACAAUAAGAAUAGAUACUUGAUAGCCUCAGAGAACCAACGCCCUGGCCAUUUCUCCACAGCCCCUAUUGGUUCCCUGACAGCCUCGCCGUCCUCUGGCUCGCUGUGCAACCAGGGGGGCCUUCAGUCAGUCACCAGCAUCCAAGAGCGCAUCAUGUCCACGCCUGGAGGGGAGGAGGCCAUUGAAAGACUCAAGGAAUCAGAAAAGAUCAUUGCUGAGCUCAAUGAAACCUGGGAGGAGAAACUGCGAAAGACUGAGGCAAUCCGCAUGGAGAGGGAGGCUUUGCUUGCAGAGAUGGGCGUGGCAAUCCGUGAAGAUGGAGGCACUUUGGGUGUAUUCUCUCCUAAAAAGACCCCACACCUGGUUAACCUGAAUGAGGAUCCUCUCAUGUCUGAGUGUCUGCUCUACUACAUCAAAGACGGAAUUACAAGAGUGGGUCAGGCCGACGCAGAGAGAAGACAGGACAUUGUUUUAAGUGGUGCUCAUAUCAAGGAAGAACACUGCUACUUCCGCAGCGAAAGGAAUGCCAACGGAGAUGUUAUUGUCAUGCUGGUGCCCUGCGAGGGAUCGGAGACCUACGUCAACGGCAAGCGUGUUGAGGACUCGAUCCAGCUUCGUUCAGGCAAUCGCAUCAUUAUGGGAAAGAACCACGUGUUCCGGUUCAACCACCCAGAGCAGGCCAGAGCUGAAAGGGAGAAGACGCCAUCGGCCGAAACCCCCGUGGAGCCCGUCGAUUGGACAUUUGCUCAGAGAGAACUUCUGGAGAAACAGGGCAUUGACAUGAAGCAGGAAAUGGAGAAAAGACUCACUGAGAUGGAAAUCUUGUACAAAAAAGAGAAGGAAGAAGCCGAUCAGCUUCUGGAGCAGCAGCGACUGGUUUACGAGAGCAAAUUGCAGGAGCUUCAGAAACAGGUGGAGACUCGCUCACUGAUAGCUGAGACACCCGAUGAAGAAGAGUUGGAGGAGGAGGAGGAAGAGGAAGAGCCUAAACUCCUUGGAUUGCCGUGGACUCAGCAUGAGUUUGAGCUGGCUCAGUGGGCCUUCAGGAAGUGGAGGUACCAUCAGUUCACCUCCCUUCGAGAUCAGCUGUGGGGAAAUGCCGUCUACCUAAAAGAGGCUAACGCCAUCAGUGUGGAACUGAAGAAGAAAGUCCAGUUCCAGUUUGUCUUGCUGACAGACACGCCGUACUCGCCACUGCCCCCUGAGCUCCUUCCCCCAGAGCCAGAGAAAGAUCGUGACCCGAGGCCUUUCCCUCGCACCGUGGUCGCUGUAGAGGUUCAAGACCUGAAGAAUGGAGCCACGCACUACUGGUCCCUUGAAAAACUCAAGCAGAGGCUGGACCAGAUGAGAGCGAUGUACGACCGCGCUGGAGAAAUGGCCUCCACGCACCAGGAGGAUUGUGAGGGCACUUUGACAGGAAACGACCCCUUCUAUGACCGUUUCCACUGGUUCAAACUCGUGGGGAGCUCCCCCAUCUUCCACGGUUGCGUCAAUGAGCACCUGGCUGACCGCACACCCUCUCCUACUUUCUCCACCACCGACUCGGAGAUCACGGAGAUGGCGGACGAGCGCCAGAGCGAGAUGUCUGACUUGAUCGACGAUGAGGCGUUCGUGGACGACACGAGCUCAGACGCCGGCACCGAGGAGGGCUCGGACAUCUUCAGCGAUGGCCAGGACCCCUUCUACGACCGCUCCCCCUGGUUCAUCCUGGUGGGAAGAGCUUUUGUGUACCUGAGUAACCUGCUGUACCCUGUACCUCUGGUUCACCGUGUUGCCGUAGUAACAGAGAAGGGCGAGGUGCGUGGCUUCCUGCGCGUAGGGGUCCAGGCUAUAGCUGCUGACGAGGAAGCUCCAGACUACGGGUCAGGAGUGAGGCAGUCAGGAACCGCCAAGAUUUCCUUUGAUGAUGAAUACUUCAAAAAGAAUGACUUCCCCUCCAAGGUCAUAACCCGCUCCGGGUUGUCCCUGGAAGAGCUGCGCAUCGUAGAGGGUCAGGGUCAGAGUUCAGAGGUCAUCACACCCUCAGAGGAGCUCAACAGAAUCAAUGACAUGGACCUCAAGCUGGGUAACAUUGGAGAAACCAAACUAAGUCAUGGUGAUGAUCUGGCAAGCCACUUGGAGGUGGGCAGCGUCUUUACCUUCCGUGUCACUGUGCUCCAGGCCAGCGGCAUCCCGCCUGAGUAUGCUGACAUCUUCUGCCAAUUCAAUUUCUUGCACCGUCACGAUGAGGCUUUUUCCACCGAGCCUCUGAAAAACACUGGCAAAGGAGCUCCUCUGGGCUUUUACCACGUCCAGAAUAUUUCUGUCGAAGUUACAGAGUCUUUUAUUGAGUACAUCAAGAGCAAGCCCGUCGUGUUUGAAGUGUUCGGCCACUACCAGCAGCACCCGCUGCACCUCCAUGGCCAGGACCUGAUCAGUCCUCCAACACCAUCCAGGAAGUACUAUCCUAUUCCCAUGCCUCUGUCCAAACCAGACCAUACCCGUAAGAUAGAGUUGAUCCGCUACCUCGUGAGCGGCUAUGUGAACGGCAAAGUGCUGGACACGCUGUCCGAGCAAGCCAACUCCCUGGCGUCCUCUGCUCUGGCCAGUUUGGAGGACGAGGCUGACCAGCUCUCUCACUUCCCCUUCCUCCCAGUGGCCAGUGACCCUGUGCUAAUUGUCCCCAAGCAUCAUGUUCCAGCCACCAAGUUGAACACCAUCACCAAAUCCAACCUGGGUCAGUGUGUCAGCAAGUACGACCUGCUGGUCUGGUUUGAGAUCAGCGAGCUGGAGCCCACUGGAGAGUACAUCCCAGCCAUUGUGGAUCACAGUGGAGGCCUGCCCUGCCAUGGUACCUACCUGCUGCACCAGGGGAUCCAGCGGAGGAUCACAGUGACCCUCAUCCACGAGAAGGGCAGCGAGCUCCAUUGGAAAGAUGUUCGUGAGCUGGUUGUAGGUCGUAUCAGGAACAAGGCUGAAGUGGAUGAUAGCGCAGCCGAUGCUGUCCUGUCCCUUAACAUCAUUUCUGCCAAGAACAUCAAGUCAUCCCACAACAACAACAGGACUUUCUAUCGCUUUGAGGCAGUGUGGGACAGCUCCCUGCACAACUCCCUCCUGCUCAACCGCGUCACUCCCUAUGGAGAGAAGAUCUACAUGACCUUAUCUGCGUAUCUGGAGCUGGACCAUUGCAUCCAGCCUGCCAUUAUCACCAAAGACAUCUGCAUGGUCUUUUACUCCCGAGACGCCAAGAUUUCCCCACCCCGUUCUCUCAAGAACCUCUUUGGGACUGGAUACUCCAAAACUCCUGACUGCAACCGAGUGACUGGGAUCUACGAGCUGAGCUUGUGUAAGAUGUCUGACACUGGAAGCCCAGGGAUGCAGAGGAGGAGGAGGAAGGUCCUGGACACAUCAGUGGCUUACGUGCGUGGAGAGGAGAACCUGGCCGGCUGGAGGCCCAGAGGAGAUAGCCUCAUCCUAGAGCACCAGUGGGAGCUAGAGAAGAUGGAGCAGCUGCAGGAGGUGGAAAAGACCCGUCACCUUCUGGCGCUGAGAGAGAAGCUGGGAGAGGCGGCUCCCGUGGGAACAGCUCCCACCACCAAGUCCCUGAGCGAGUCUCUGUCCCCCAGCAUGAGCUCCGGCACUCUGUCCACGUCCACCUCCAUCUCCUCUCAGAUCUCCAGCACCACCUUUGAAAGCGCCAUCACGCCGAGCGAGAGCAGCGGCUACGAUUCCGCCGACAUCGAGAGCCUGGUGGAUCGUGAGAAGGAGCUGGCCACCAAGUGCCUGCGCCUUCUGACACACACCUUCAAUAGUGAAUACAACCAGCUGGUGAACAGCAUCAGUGACUGCAAGCUUUCUGACAUCUCACCGAUCGGACGUGAUCCAUCCGUGACGAGCUUCAGCAGUGCCACCCUCACCCCUUCCUCUACCUGCCCCUCUCUGUCGGACUCCCGCUGUGGCUCCAUGGACCAGAAGACCCCUGAGAACAGCUCACGUGCCUCCAGUCCCUCCUGCUCAGACUAUGAAAACUUCCCGAUGGUUCCCACUCUGGAGACCUCCUACCUUGCGCGGGCUGCAAAGAACGAGUUCCUCAACUUGGUGCCUGAUAUUGAAGAAAUGCGACCAGGAUCUGUUGUGUCCAAGAAGGGUUUUCUAAGCUUCAUGGAGCCUCGCUCUAACUCAUGGGUGAAGCAUUUUGUGGUUGUUCGCCGGCCCUACGUCUUCAUCUACAACAGCGACAAGGACCCUGUGGAGCGAGGCGUCCUCAACCUCUCCACAGCACAGGUGGAAUACAGCGAAGACCAGCAGGCCAUGCUUAAGACGCCCAACACAUUUGCAGUGUGCACAAAACAUCGAGGCAUCCUCCUGCAGGCCAACAACGAGAAAGACAUGAACGACUGGCUGUACGCUUUUAAUCCUCUGCUAGCAGGAACGAUAAGAUCUAAGCUGGCGAGGCGGCGCAGCGGUCUGACGAAGAACUGAGCGGGCGGAGCGGGAAAACCACCGCUUCCAUCCUUUCUGAAAAGCCUUUGAAAAUACCGAAAAUACCAAGUGUUAAAACUUAUUAAUCAUUGUGAUUCUUGACGGUUUUCUCUUGUAAGUAGACUUGUGGCUUAAGUCUCUUUUCAUGCGACUCAAACGUUUAAGUUCCACAGAACUUUUGCCUCCCCGCUUCCCUCCAGCAACCCCGCUGCCAACUUAGCUUUCCUCCUCUCUAUCCCCUCCCCUCAGCUUUUUGUGUUUUUGUUUCGAUGACAAUGUUCGGGUCUAAUUUUGUUCCGCUUCGUUGUCAUUCCCAAACUCCCCUAACUAAGUAGCAUGUUGUAGUAGUCUACUUGUGUGUGCACGACUCUUUAGAAACUUUCCGUUUGCCAAUCAUCUGUACAAAAAAAUUGUCUCUAUCAGUGUUAUUUGUCUCCUGAAAAUGAGUUUCAUUCUAUUUUGGGGUUUUUUUGUUGUUGGUUUUUUUAUUAAAUUAAAAUGCUUGCAUGAUACCUGCAGCAGUCCUCAGGAGAAGACCAGGUUUGCUCAGUUUAAAACAAAAAACAAAAAUGAACCAAAUCAGCCAGCUUACAUUUGAAACCAUGAAGGAAAAAUCUACAGAUCUCUCCAAGUGACGUGUUAGUUUACGCUCUGCUACCUAAACUAUAGCUGCUAAUAGAUUUAUAGGGUAUUUUUCUUCUCGCAGUGAGAUUCGCAUCAGGCUGAACCGUCUCUGAAACAAAAACUCAAAGUGGGAAUGAACUUUGACAGGAGGGCCACGCCGGAUUUCCACUGUCAUCCACGUCAUACUUAGAUCCUCCUCAAUCUGUGUACAUACGCCGCCUCUAACCCCCCGAUAGUGCCAGUGUCAGUUAGUGAGUCAGUAAAAUACUCAUGCAUUUGUGUUAACAUAAAAACUGCAGACUAACUAGAGACAAACAAGCGAGGAUCGCUUCAUAUCUCAGCAGUUUAAAAAACAAAAACAAUGACCGAUUGUUCCUGCAGGAGUAGAUUCAGGCCCCUUUUUGCUUUUUCAUCCCAAGAAAUAAAAACAGGGUUACAAGGAGACGAGGAGGAGGACUAGGAGGAUGAAAACGAACUAGAGGGAGAACUUGAUUUGUACAUGCGGUCUGUUCUGGGAUCAGCGUGUUAGUUAACCCUCAUUUAACACAUUCCUCUCUGCUCCUCUAGCUCGCUCUAUCUCACUGAGAAUCAGAAAGCCUUGACAUUUACUGCUAUUAACUUUACACUCUUGUUAUAAAGAUGCAAAGAAAACACGGUGGAAAGUUUGGGAGGAAGUAAGGAAAAAGAAUGAAGGUGCAAUGUUUCUUUAGUUUUUUUUUGCUUUGACGCCAGCAAAGCUGCUUUUAAAUGGCCUGCAGGACAGAUUACGAUGUAGUCCCAUGACUCCCCUCGCUGUCACACCAGUGUCGGCUGAAAUCUCUGAAGUGAAGUACUCGUGUUCAGCAGCACCACAGGGAACCAUGUGUUCAUUUUUCUAUUCUUAUUCUUGAAUCAAAACCUCAUCUAACUCUCAUUGUGUUCAUUUUUUAUUUUUAUUUAAACAUUGUUAUUUUCUUUUCUUACGCUUUUAGUCAUUCCACAAUGAAGGUUUUUAUGAAAUGUAACAGAGGGCAUUUAUUUCUUAAUUUUUUUUAACCUUACUUUGCACAUUAACACAUAUCUAUAGCAAGGACAGAGACACAGCCACAUAUGUUGAGUCCAGGAUUGUAUUUGAUCAUCAGGAACAAAUGAUAAGAGCACAUAUCAGGAGUACACUGGAUAGCUGUUUCUCAAAGGGUUUAAUAGAAGGAAAGAAGUUAAAGGGACUACAUAUUCAAAGGUCUUAUUUCUGAUACUACCCUAUGAAAAUAUUUGCUCUGUGUGCCGUGCUGCAGCUGCUACAUUCGGCUCCGGAUUCACUUUUUGGCGCCUACGCCUCUCGAGAUGUGUUAAUGCAGACAGGCAUAAAAAAAACUCUGGUCAACCAACCAGCAGUCUGCCUGCUGUGUCGUAUGAAAUGCGUGGAAGGAGAGCUACCAACUGUCUGUUACAUAUAGAUGAAAAAUAAAGCUCUGACGUGACCUCAGGUCAGCCAGCCUGACGGUCAGAGAAACAGAAGCGUGCUGGAUUGUGGAUCUGUGAGCUGCACAUCAAAGAUGCACCUAUGCACAGAUUAAAUCUCGAAAGUGCAAUGUACCUCAUAUACACGUUGACGCGAAGCGCUGCCAGAGCAAACGUUUUCACUUCAUUUGCAGAGGUGUUUUUAUUUUGGAUUGUGUAUUUAUUGUUUGCAA